AAGGAAAGAAACGUGAACGCUUAAGGAAAGAAACGUGAACACAUUUCAUUUCACAAACGUUAACACAGUUCGGAGUGGUCAGUGAAAGAUGCCCUCGAUAGUGCUGAGGGGUGCGUUCUUUCUCUUUCUGCUCACCAUCGCAACCGCAGAGGGUACAUGCAAGGGUGAUUCUCUUCCUUGUGACGAUGGUCAGUGCGUCCGUAAGGAAGACUGGUGUGACGGCAAAGAAGCUUGCGAAGAUGGGAGUGAUGAAGCUUACUGCGAAGAAAGAGCUUGGUGGGGCAAAAGUCCAAACAAGUGCGAUAAGAAGAUUCAUUUCAGAUGUGAUGAUGGACUUUGCUGGCCUUUAGCCGCUCAUUGUAAUGGAAACGCUGACUGCAAAGAUGCUUCAGAUGAAAAAAAUUGUGAUUCAAAAGCAAAAGUGCCAGAUGAGUCAGAUAAAAAAAUAGAAGACUCAGACGAAAUAGAAGAAAAUUCGGAAGAAAAAAAGGAUAAAAGUGAAGAAGAAAAAUCGAAAGAUAUUUCCGGAGAAGAAAAAAAGGAUAAAAGUGAAGAAGAAAAAUCGGAAGAUAUUUCUGAAGAAGAAAAAGAGGAAUCAAAAGAAAGCUCCGAAGAAAUUGGAAGUGAUAAAGUCACCAGAACUACCGAAAAUCCUUCCACAACACCAACGCCAGGCGGUUAUAAUGAUUAUGAAGAAUAUGAGGAUGUUACAACAGAAGCUGCUCUUCAAAAAACUACAAUUGCAGAUGUUCCACCACCACGACCAUUUUACGAAAUACCUUCGAUAGAAGAAUUGCCAUUAGAAGUAAGCCCUGAGGUUCCUUUUUGGUCCCCAACAACUGAAAUGGAUUUCUACGCAAAAAAAAUGGGACAAAACGAAGUGAAGCAGCAAUACACUACACGAAUAAACGCAUUUUCUACUAGCACGUUUCGACCACCACCAGCGAGAACUAUAGCCCAAUACCCAACUAGGCCAUAUAGAAACCAACAUCCAUCAAACAGAAAACCCGCAGUACCUUACACAGGCCCAACAAAAGCAUACACUCCACGCCCUUACCGAUACAUCGGUAAACAAAACUCAGGUCAGGCACCUCCACUUUACAGAGGGCGAUACCCAGUCUCUCAUUCGUCCAACAAUCAUCGUCUUCCCCACCAUUCACCUGACUAUAACUACAUUUCAUCCCAACUUGGAACCAACUAUCAUCAACAGUAUCCAAAUUUUAAUAAUAACAAUGGCAGAUCGGAUUGGCGAAAUGGAGUCACUCGCCCUCAGAGGGUGUACGGAAGGCAGCUGAGAGCUCCGGCUCAAUUUUAUUUCAAGAAAAAUUAUAAUGAGAUCUAUGGAAGAGCAAAUUAUGAAUCUGUAAGAAGAGGGGCAGAAUGGAUUCGCAGCAUUCAGAAUGCCACCGGCGGUUGGGGCAAAGAGACUCCGAGAGCCCUCGUCGCACUGUCGCUUGUCAAUAACAGUUUCUUAGCUGGAAGCCACGAAAAGGAUUUGAUGCAAAAGUACUUUCAAGUUUAUUUGGGAGUGAAUUUGUUAAGAGAUGAGCCCGUGAGCUUGAAUCGCUUAGCUAUGCUGACGAAUGCUUUAAUAGCUACUUGUCUCGACCCGCGGGAUUUUCAUGGCUGGGAUCUCACUGAACUCAUUCGCAACUCCAUGCUGAAAUUGCACCGGGCUUCCAGGCCACCUGUCAUCAAUCCCCUUGUUUACCUGUCCCUGUGCUUGGCUGAUAGAAACCUCACCAAUUACGAAGUGCACCACCUUAUGACCUAUCUGGUGGCCACGAGAAAUGAUGAAACCACUCGAGACAUGAUGUAUCUAGCACUGCAGGCCUUCGCUUGUCAUAUGCAGAAGGAAAGCUAUAACGUAGCUCACUAUUAUUCUUUACAGAAAAUGGUUUGGAAUGCCACCUCGAAAAUUCUCCAAAGAAUGAAGGAGGAUGGCAGUUUUGGUAGUGUUUACAGUACUGCUAUUGCUGCACAGGCCUUGAUGUCCGUCAACGAUACAGUGCAGUGGAACCCGGAACAGACCUUUCGAUUCUUGAAGAGCCAGCAGCAGAGGAAUGGAUCAUUCGGCGACUUUCUGGCCACCUACCAUGUUCUGCCGGCUCUCAGUGGAAGGAGUCUGCUGCACCUGAGGAAUACAGAAUGUAACCCACCGAGGGUAGACAGAGAGCUAAGCCCACAAGAAAUCCUUGAGUAUCCGGGACCCAAAUCCUACAUUCGCUACUCUCUCCACAUGGGAAGCCCACUAGCUACCGGCUACACAGUACAAGUCCUAGUACCAAACGGCAUCAGCUUCUUCGACGUCAUGCGGGUCGCUGCGUAUGAAAACAACCAAUUUAAGUUUUCUUACGAAGAAGUCAAUGGGAAGAUAAAUGUUUUUUCUAUCUCAGAUCUUCCUAAUGACCCAGAAGAAGGCCUGGCAUGGCGGCUGUACGUUAGAGCUCCUUCGGAUACCGGAAACAUACCAAACAUUCAACAACUUUAUACAGGAGAUAUAAGAGAAUUCCACCCAACGCCUGAUCAGCACGUUAUAUUUUGGUAUCAUCCACUUGGCUUUUGAGGUGAUUUUUCUGAUGAUAACCGACAUCGGAUAACAGCGCCCAAAAUAUUGGGGGUUUGAGUUGCACUGAAAUUUGGCCUUCGCUGUCCAAAGGCUGACUUCCGAAAUUUGUAUAUCUAUUUUGAACUACGUCACUACUAAUGAAGAUAAUCUUGUAAAAUUACCACAGAAUAAAGUGAAUGAGUUGUUGUGUUCA